AUGGGGAAGACCAAAAACACAUCCCUGGACACUGUAGUGACAGAUUUCGUUUUCCUGGGCUUAUCUCACCCCCCGAGUCUGAGGACACUUCUCUUCCUGGUCUUCUUCAUCAUCUACAUCCUGACUCAGCUGGGGAACCUGAUCAUUUUGCUCACCGUGUGGGCUGACCCAAAGCUCCACGCUCGCCCCAUGUACAUGCUUCUGGUCGUGCUCUCAUUCCUGGACAUGUGGCUCUCCUCAGUUGUCGUUCCCCGGCUAAUAUUGGAUUUUACUCCCGCCAGCAAGAGAAUCCCAUUUGGUGGCUGUGUGGCUCAACUGUAUUUCUUUCAUUUCCUGGGCAGCACUCAGUGCUUCCUCUACACCUUGAUGGCCUACGACAGGUACCUGGCAAUAUGCCAGCCCCUGCGCUACCCCGUAAUCAUAAAUGGGAGGCUAUGCACCACCCUUGUGGCUGGAGCUUGGGUGGCCGGCUCCAUUCAUGGGUCCAUCCAGGCCACCCUCACCUUCCGCCUGCCCUACUGUGGGGCCAACCAGGUGGAUUACUUUAUCUGUGACAUUCCUGCAGUAUUGAGACCUCAGACUUCAUUCUAUGCUCCAUUUAAUGAAUCCAAACAUCAAGAGCAGGGUUUCCCUGGGGAUAGAAGACCUCACACAGCCUGA